AUGACCACAGCGAAGUCCGUCUCGGAAACCGCCCGGGAGCGCGAGACCUUCAAAUAUGAUCGUCUAGAGGCGACCUCGGCGGCGCUCAAUGACCCCCAGCGCCCGAUCCCGACGACCCUCCUGUCUUCCGCUCCGGACUCAGCCCUCACCGCAUUCGCACAGCUCGGAGCCUUCCGCCUCAAUGCCUCCCGCGCCCUGAUCUCUCUAUUCGACCGGCACCGCCAGCACAUUGUCGCCGAGGCUGCUUGCUCCUCGCCCCUGCGCCCGAAAACUGCCCCCAAGAACAACGAACUAUGGCUGUGUGGCACCUCUAUCCCGCGCUCCUUCGGCAUCUGCGAGCAUGUCCUCACCAGUGCCCCGACCCUCCCAACGCCCUGGGAGGAGUCCUCUGAGAACAAAUUUGACCAGCUCCCGGUCUCCGUUGUUCCGGAUCUGGGCCACGAUGGUAGAUUCUGCGACCGCCCCUUCAUCGAGGACAAGCCGUACAACCGCUUCUACGCUGGGGUGCCCAUCCGCUCGCCCACGGGAAUCAACAUUGGCGUGUAUUGCAUCUUUGACGACAAGCCGAGAGAUGGCCUCACCGAAGAAGAGAAGGAGUUCCUGCAGGCAAUGUCACGGACCGUCAUGGACUACUUGGAGCUGAAGCGGUCGAACGAGCUGCAUCGACGCACUGAGCGCAUGGUCUGCGGCAUGGGCAACUUCGUCGAGGGCGAGGCGACCUUGUCGAGCUGGCACCUGAACCCCAAUCCGUCGUCCUUCAUGGACAUUCCCGGCGUCAAGGAGGGCGCUUUGAACCGCAAACAGCAGACUGUACGCCGCGACUCGGAGCCGGAUGUCCUCCAGCAGAUCAAGCGGCCGAUCUUACAACAUAGAACUGCCACCGCCGAGAGCGUCCUGUCUCUGACCGAUCCGAAGCUUACGCCUGGCAUGCCGUCGCGUGACGGCACCCAAGUGUCGCGCGUUAGCUCGACCGAUAUGCGGAUGGCCGAAGUCGGUCUCGUCUUCUCCAAAGCCGCCAAUAUUAUUCGGCAAUCCCUUGAGGUGGAAGGAACGGUCUUCCUCGAUGCCACCGUCCGUUCGUUUGGCGGUCUCGUGGGCAAUGCGCGGCCAAAACGGUCGCCGCCCGUGCUCGGGAGAGCGGCUUUGCAGGACUCCAGCCCCGAGGAGGGAAGCCACGCCUCGCUCAGCGACCUGGAAGAAGAGCCGUGCAAAGUCUUGGGAUUCUCGACCUCCCAAACAUCCAGCAUUAACGGAGACGCGCCCCAUGACUUUGGUGAGCUCUCAGACACGAUGUUCCACCGCUUGCUUCGUCGCUACCCGCACGGCAAGAUAUUCAAUUUCGAGGACGAUGGCGCGGCUACUUCGGACGACAAUACGGAGAAUGAUGCUGAAAGCACUGUUUCGAAACCCACCCAGACUCCCACUCUAGCAAAGUGGGAUGCAUCCAAGCAUAUUAUCAAGAUGUUUCCAGGCGCGCGGAGUGUGGCUCUCGUUCCACUGUGGGAUUCAACACGCAAUCGCUGGUAUGGCGGCGGCUUCAUCUGGACCAAGACCCCGACUCGAAACUUCACUGUGGAAGGCGAGCUGGGCUUCCUUCGAGUUUUCGCCUUGACUACCAUGGCGGAAGUGACGCGGCUCAAUACAACGGCCGCGGAUAAGGUCAAGACCAGUAUCCUCGGUUCUCUGAGCCACGAAAUGAGAAGUCCCCUACAUGGACUCGUCGGGGCUGCGGAGCUACUACGAGACACUGAUCUGGACACGGCCCAAACAAGCGUUCUUCACACGAUUGAGACAUCGGGCAGGACUUUACUGGACACUAUUGAGCAUCUUCUCGAUUACAGUAAGAUCAAUCAUUACCUACAGUCGUCGACGACAGCCGAACGAAGAAACAGCACAUCCUGGCAGAGGCGGCCUUUGGCAGAAAACGGGUCGCUGCAAGUCCUCCCGAGGUCUGAGAACGUGGCUGUACGUCUUGACCUCCUAGUUGGAGAAGUUGUCGAAAGCGUCCUUGCAGGUUACAGCCACGAACGAAUGACGGUCAAGUCCUUCCACAAGCAGUCGGCAGCUCAGUCAGACAAUGGUAUGGAACGCCGAGGAGACUCUAUUGGAUCGGGCAUAUCUGCCAGACAGGACAGCCAAUUUGGAGAAGGCGCAAGCAAUACUGGAGCUGUGCAGAUAUACCUCGACAUCGACCCGUCUGCAGGAUGGGUUUUCCUUACGCACCCAGGUGCUUUCAGACGUAUCGUGAUGAAUUUAUUCGGCAACUCCUUGAAGUUUACUAGCUCAGGCUUUAUUAAGAUUGCAUUGGCACAAGAAGCUAUUUCCAGACGCCAGCCGGGUAUGGGAUCCAAGGUCGUCCUCACUGUCUCUGACACAGGAAAGGGCAUCGGCGAGGAAUACCUCCGCAACAAUCUGUUUACCCCGUUCUGCCAGGAAGACCAUUUUGCUCCUGGCACUGGCCUGGGUCUCAGUCUUGUUCGGCAAAUCACCACUACCCUUGGAGGGAGUAUCAACGUCGCGAGCCAGGUAGGCUGCGGCACCACCAUCACAGUAUCCUUCCCGCUGCCGCGCGGCGAGCAAGAUACAAAUGACGCUGGGCAGUUCGAAAAGGAAGUCAAGUCGUUUUCUGGGGUGCGCGUGGGCCUCCACGGUUUCAGCGCGACUCGCAACACGGCGAAUGAUGUGCAAUUGGACGAAAACGUCAACUCAUCGCAGACGGACCUGAUGCGCAAUAUCUGUCAUGACUUGCUGCAUCUCGAAGUUUCAUCCGACUCGGACGCUCAGCACGAUGUGCCCGAUUGUAUUAUUCACGGCGAUGCCAGCACGUCAGUGGCGGAGCUGGAGAGCUUGGCAAUGGUUGCAUCGAAACCCGUGAUUGCCGUCUGUCCGACGCCGACGAUUGCGCACAAAAUGGCCAAGAUAGCUAAGAAAAUGGACUCACACGCAACACUUGAGUUCAUUAUUGAACCUCGGAAACUUGCGACGACUCUUUCUCGCUGCCUUACGCGACACGAUGAGGCGCUGAAGAAGGCGGCCGAGCUCCCUCUAUCUGCAUCUGCAUCGGCAGCCGAAGAUCUCAAUCCUGAACCCGUUAUCGAGAUCCAGCCUCUAAUAGGCAAUGAGCCCAAGGUUGUAACUGUGGUGUCCGCGGCGCACCUUCCUGCACAAAUGACCACAGAGGUGCCAAUCAGGGCGGUGCCGGUUGCGAUCGCGCCUGAAGUCACCAUCGUCAAGCCCGCUGAGACACUCCCUGGUAUUCUUCUGGUUGACGACAAUCUCAUCAACUUGAAGAUUCUCACCGCAUAUAUGAAGAAGCUCAAGCUCCCCUAUAGCACCGCCGUCCAUGGCCUCGAGGCGCUGGAGAAGUACAGUGCGUGUCCGAGCCACUACAGCUGCGUCGUCACGGACAUCUCCAUGCCCGUCAUGGAUGGCCUCGAGGCCACGCGUCGGAUAAGGGAGUUUGAGCGCGCAAGCCAGAUUAGACCUGUCCCUGUCAUUGCCCUCACUGGCCUCGUCGGCAGGGAUAUCGAACAAGACUCGUUCGCUAGCGGCGUCAACGUCUUCCUGACGAGACCGGUCACUGUGAAGAAGUUGAUGGAUGCGUUGAAGAGCUUGGGAUUGGGAUGA